AUGUAUAAGUAUGCUGCAAAUUAUUCUGACACUUUACUGAUUUUGGACUUUGAAGAUAGCGAAAAUGUAAAUUCUGAUGUAAAUUCUGAUGUAAAUUCUGAUGCAAAUUCUGAUGCAAAUUCUAAUGUAAAUUCUGAUGCAAAUUCUAAUGUAAAAUUCUGA